UCUGUCUUCAGUUGAGUUCUCAGUGAAAAGCGCCACACAAGCGUUUACUCGUUUGAUUGGUUGAUUGGUCAGCUGAUUGAUUGAUCAUCCCACCAAUAAAAACUCACUGAUCUCCCUCCCCCUCUCUCUCUCUUUAGGAACAAGGUGUUGUGGGAAUGUCGCGGCAGCCCGGUGCCGUCCCUCCCUCUCACCCUACCGGGGGUGUGGCCUCGGGCGCGGGGCCCAAUCAGGGCGCAGGGGCCCCUCCCGGUUACCUGGGCAACCAGCAGCAGGCGGCCAUGAUGAAACAGAUGAUGGUGAUGGAGCAGGAGAAGAGAGUUCAGCUCCACAUGAUGGAACAACAGAAACAACAGCUACUGAGAGAACAGAGACAGCAGCAACAACAGCUAUUACUGGCUGAACAGCUCCAGCAGCAGCAGCAGCAGCAGCAUCUCCCCAGACAGAUGGUCCAGGGUCAGAGAAACCCCUACCCACAGGUCAACCAGUAUCAAGGAACACCCCAGGAGAUGGCGGUGAGGAGCCAGGCUAUCCAGAACAUCCGCGCCACCCGCCUCCUCCAACAACAACAACAGAACCAGCAGAUGGUCCAGAUGAACCAGGGCAUCCCAGGGGGCUCGGUGGGUCCACAACCCGACAUGGGCCUCCCCUACGGCGGGCAGGGAUCCGGCCAGCAGUCCCUCUACAGCCUCAGCCCUUCCAUGAGCCAAAUGAUGCAGCAGCAGCAGCAGCACCAACAGAACCAAAGCGUCCAGGCCUCCAUGGGUCUUCCACCAGGACACAACCCAGCAGCGCAGGCCCAGAGGCAGGCAGGAGGAGGGGUUGGAGGUGGAGGAGGAUACGGAGGACCACAGGGGAUGAUGAUGAACUCCAUGUCCCAGCAGCCCCUCAAGGGCCCGCCCAACGCCAAAGCCCAGGCCCAGAGGUUGCAGGGCAUGCUGGGAAUUGGAGGAGGACCGGGAGGAGGAGGACCACAGGGAGGGAUGGGAGGGUGGCCUCCCCAGCAGGGGCAGUCCCUCCAGGGGAUGGGAGGGCCAGGAGGGGUGGGAGGACCAGGCAGGACUACAGGUGAUAUGGUGGGCUUUGGCUCGGCCCAGGGGGGCUACGGCUCCAUGCAGCCGGGACAACAGCCUCCACACCCACGCCUGGCCAAGCAACACUUCCCUGGGCACCCACAGGGACACCCCCACCCCCAGGCUAUGGGUCAGGGCCAGCCCAUGGACCCCAGGGCUAUGAACCCUGCGGCGGGCAUGGCCGGGCCCAUGAUUACCCCUCACAUGGCUGGACCAGGACAGCCCAGGACCAACCAGCCCAGACCCAUGGUAAUGCCGGGACAGGGGGUGAUGGGCCAGGGCGUGCCCAACAUGGGGGCCUUUGGACAGGGGCCGGCGAUGGGGGUUGGCCCUGGGGGUGGGGGUGGAGGAGGGUAUGUGGGACAAGGAGGGGUCGGAGGUCAGCCUCAGGGCUACCAGAGGACGUCUAGUCAGGACCUGUCAUCUUAUGGAUACGGUGGCGGGCAGGUGGCGCCGUCGGGCGGGGGGUUCGGAUUGGCCGACGGGACAGGGGCGGACUUGGACUCAAGUGACGGUUGGAUGGAAGAGUUCUUCCCCAACCAAUAGCAGAGCUGGAAAUGUACUGGGGAGUUUUUACUGGAGGGACUAACGACAAACUGCGUGGGGAAAACUUUAUUGAGACGAGAGAACUGGACAGACAGACGGACAGUCGCCAUGUUUUGUUUUGUAAAGCAUGAACGGACAAGAAGAUGAGUUCUGUGUUGUGUAUUUAUGUGUGUGUGUG